GACGAUGUGAGAGCGAGGCAGCUGGUAGAGUUCCCUUGUAGUCUUUUAUCUAGCUAGACAGUUUCCAUUUACAUAUGACUUUGACGUGGAUAGACAAAACACUGUCUACGAAAUUACUUCAGUCUCUUAUUUGAAUGAACACUCUAUGAUAUUUCAAGACGUUUAAGAAGCUUCAUGACCCGAAAGUAAAUAAGAAGAAGAGGGCUUUCAGCUAGCCUCAACGUGGUUCAGCCUGAGAGGACGCUGGUGUGUGUGUCGCAGGAAUAAAAGAUGUGCAAUGGAAUGGUAGCAUCUGAGACAAGAGCACCGCUCCUCUGCUCGCUGGCCAACAGGCUGGCUGUGUCUGUGCUCCUCCUCCUCUUCCUCAGCAUGAUCCCCAGAGGCCACGCGUCAGGCUGUCCCAGGCCUUCCAGCGUACAGCACGGCUGGGGGAAUCUGACAGAAACUAACCGUGGCUCCUUUCCCUCUGGGACUCUGCUGCAGUACAGCUGUGACCAGGGCUACAGCCUGGAUGGCCAAGCCACUAUCACCUGCAAUGCCUCAGGGUACUGGUCUGCUGACCCCCCGCGCUGCAUAAAAAGCAACGUUUGCCAGCCCCCGAGUGAACCAGAAAAUGGUGGCUACACAUGUCACCCGUCUCCCUGCCACCGACUGACACACGGCACGGUCAUCGAGUAUUUCUGCGAUGAGGGCUACGCCCUGAAGGGGGAGUACAAGUACCGAACCUGUCAAAACGGCGAGUGGGACUCAGCCAUGCAGAUCAGCUGUCACCUGAGCCAAGGGAAGGAAGAACACUCUCCCUUAGCCAUGCCUGCCCUUUCCAUCGUGGCAUCCACGGCCAGCUCUGUCGCUCUCAUCCUCCUGCUGGUGGUUCUGUUUGUGCUGCUCCAGCCCAAACUCAAGUCCUUCCACCACAGCCGGCGUGAGCAGGGCGUGUCGGGCCAGCCGUCGUCCAUCGUGGUGGAGGGCGUUCAGGUGUCGCUGCCGUCCUAUGAGGAGGCAGUGUAUGGCAGCGGAGGCGGGGCUGCGGUGCCUCCACUGGAGUCCCGCGUGCAGAUCGUGCUCUCAGAGGGCCCUCAGGUAGAGGAGAGUCAGAUUUUGGCACGUUCUCAAGCCGAACACUGCCUGCCCUCCACGUCCUCAUCCUCACGUCACGCAGAGACCGUACUCGUUCACCAGGUGCCCUCCUCUUCUUCGUCCUCUUCCUCCUCCUGGGCUGCUGAGCAGCCUGGUGCAUCAGCCCCUUUCCCCCAACACCAGGACUCAGAGAGCAGUGACCAGCAUAGUCUUCUGUCUGUCACCUCCACAGAAGACUAUGGUGACGAUAUUCCUUUGCUAAAGGAAGCCUGAAGCCAACUUGCAGCACCCUCUGCCUGUCGAUGCUAACCAGGACUAUGGCUAUUAAAUCUUCUCUCACUGAGGCCACCCCCUCCCUACUCCCGCCCUGAGAAAAUAACAAACAAAACAAAACCACAGCAAGGGAUCAUUACAUAAUAACACUCUCCUUACCCACAAUCUCUCUCUGACAUGGAGCACCAAGAUUGGGCCCCAGCCGUCCACUGUUGUCAUCUCAUCCCACCAGAGCGACCAUAAUAGAAGCCCUGAAACCAGUUUAAUGGAUGCUAUGUAUGAGACAUAGUCCUAUAUAGAAACAAACAUACUAAACUCUGACCAUGUCUUCUGAUGUACACCUCUGGGUGUAAUUCGAACAAAAAUGCUUAUCUAGAUGUUUUGCAAACAUUGGCUAUGGCAGAUUAAUGCUUGCAAACCAGGUUAUGGCUGUAUGAAAGAGCUGGUCAUUGUCCCUCUUUUGUUAGAAGUGGUAUUCACUUCUUUGCUUAAAAGUAAGGAGUGUUUUCAGUAAUUAUUUGCUAUAGGGACAGGCCUUCUCCCUUUUACACUGCAUGUUCUGUGCAUUGUUUGUUCUUUUUCUCAUUUCAAUGUGCAAGUGCAUUACAGAAGCACACCACAAAAUGAAGCAUGAAGUUCGCACUAUGUACAGAGCUUGUGUCUCUUGGAUGUCCAAUGGAAGCACUGGCCACACACACACACUCACACACACACACAGACACGCCUUCGCAUACCCUCACAUUGACACACACAAUCACAGACCCAUGAGGUAACUGGUUUACAUAGAACUGUAAUUUAACAUACUUGCCUUUUUUAUGUUUUUCCACAAAAGUGAUUUGUGUUGUACACUCUAUCAGACAGGACUUUUCAUUUGUGUGUAUAUAUAUGUAAGGGUGUAUGUGUGUGUGUGUGUGUGUGU